CUGGGAUACAUGGCGCUCAUGUUUACAAGAUGGUAGUGGAGGAUUUUUCGCUCUGAUUUACAAACAGAAAGUAUUAACGCUUGAUUUCCUGACGUAUUGACUCUUAAAUCCUCCUUUAGUCUCGGUUUCCAUUGAACGGUGGACUCAGUUUUAAGAAGGAAACGCAGCAGGCUCUCUUUGCUCUCAAUGUGUUUUAAAUAGCAGAGGAGAUUAUUUUUGCACAGUCACUGACAGACACACGGACCAACAGACACACAGACAGGACUAUACCUUUGAUAAAUACACAGGACUGUCUAUUGGGUCUGCAGGAGUGUCCCUGAAUCCAGCCGAAUGAACAGAGCGACUGCAAAGCAUCUAAUCGAGCGCUACUUUCGGCAGUUAACCGAGGGCUGUGGAAAUGACGACUGCACGAACGAGAUUUGUGCAUCGUGUCCCGACUUCAGAUCGCUGGAUAGCAACACGGCGGCCGCCAAAGCGCUGGAUCUGUUCAAGGUUAACGCCAAACUCUGUAACCCCAACCCCGCCAAGAAAAAGCAAGACUCUGAUCUGGUCAAUAAGAUGACGGACGUUGGAAACGCCAAAGAAAACUUCUCAGAUGUAAAUCACCUCACAGAGACCACAGUGUGUACGAUCCUGAGUUUCUGCGAGGAGGAAGGGGAUUACUCCACUCUGAUCCACGUCCUCGGCAGGAUUUUCUCCAACGCAGAAGCCUUGAUAAAGAGUUUCAGGAGCGACGAACCCGACAUUUCUAAAGCCCUGGACUCUGUUGAAGCUACAGAUAAUGACAACCCUGAGAAGAAGACGCCAAUAUCAGAGGAGGCGGGGGCUUCUUCUUCUGCAGCAGCUUUUCCAGAUGAGGAUGUUUCUGAUCCGUCUUUGGAGGUUCUAGUGGACAUCAGCGCCUUGAGGAGGGUCUACGACAAACUUUUGAGCCUCGACCGGGUAGAUGCGGCUCUCGUGAACGCCCUCAUUUACCUCACUCCCAAUUUAGAGCUGGACCUGGAGUACCUCGAUGUGUACGGCACAAACCCAGAGUACCUGAACAUCUUCGUCGUCGUGCUGGAGAACACGAACCUGCACAGCCCCGAGUAUCUGGAAGUGGCGUUGCCGCAGUUCUGCAAAGCCAUGUGCAAACUCCCGGUAGCAGCGCUCGCCAGACUCGUGAAACUCUGGGCUUCUUACGGUUUGACGCACAUCCGCCGCAUGAUGGAGACCUUCCAGCAGCUCAUCACCUUCACCGUCGUCAGCAACGAUUACGACGGGGAGAAUCUGGUGAAUGACGACGAGUCGGUGGUGGCCGGGACGCAGUGUUUGAAGUUGGCUUAUUACGCGAGCAUCCUGGCGGGAGAUGUGGACGUGGAGCACAACGAGGAGGACAUUGAAGACCCAGAGUCCGAUGAACUCACCCUGCAUGAGUUGCUAGGCGAGGAGCGGCUCUAUAAGAAGGGUCCGCGGGUCGACCCUCUGCAGAAAGAGCUCGGGGUCCGAUCCGUAGACUGCAUCAAACCCCUCAUCCCCCACGAGGAGUUCGUCAACGAGUCCCUGAACGACGUGGUGGAGAUGGACAAAGAUUUCACUUUCUUUAAGGUCAACGCCGAAACAAAGUUCUCCUUCCAGAGCUGCCCCUUCAUCCUGAACGUCAUCACCAAGAACCAGGGGCUGUACUACGACAACAGGAUCCGGAUGUACAGCGAGCGGCGCCUCACGGCUCUCUACAGCAUGGUGCAGGGCCAGCAGCCCAACCCCUACCUGAAGCUCAAAGUGAGACGAGAUCACAUCAUCGACGACGCCCUCGUCAGACUGGAGAUGAUCUCCAUGGAGAACCCGUCCGACCUGAAGAAGCAGCUGUUUGUGGAGUUCGAGGGAGAGCAGGGUGUGGACGAGGGCGGCGUCUCCAAGGAGUUCUUUCAGCUGGUGCUGGAGGAGAUCUUCAAUCCAGACAUAGGGAUGUUCAGCUACGACGACGACACCAAGCUGUUUUGGUUCAACUCGUCCUCUCUGGAGAACGAGGCUCAGUACACGCUCGUUGGACUCGUUUUGGGACUCGCCAUUUACAACAACUGCAUCCUGGACGUGCACUUCCCCAUGGUCGUCUACAGGAAGCUGAUGGGCAAGAAGGGGAUCUACCUGGACCUCUCAGACUCACAUCCAGCGCUCUUCCAGAGUCUGAAGGAGCUGCAGGAGUACGGCGGUGACGUCGAGAAAGACAUGAUGCUCACCUUCCAGAUAUCACACAUGGACCUGUUCGGAAGCCCCAUUUUAUACGACUUAAAGGAGGACGGAGAGGAGAUCCCUGUCACUAAAGAAAACAGACAGGAGUUUGUGGAGAUGUAUUCUGAUUACAUACUGAACAAAAGUGUGGAGAGACAAUUCAGAGCCUUUAAAAAAGGUUUCCAGAUCGUCACGAACGAGUCUCCGCUGAAAUAUCUGUUUCGACCCGAGGAAGUGGAGCUGCUCAUCUGUGGCAGCAGGAAACUGGACUUUGAAGCUCUUGAAAAAACGACAGAAUAUGAUGGAGGCUACAGCAAGGACAGUCAGAUCAUCAAAGAUUUCUGGGAGACGAUCCACUCGUUCGGAGAGGAGCAGAAGAGAUUGUUUCUCCAGUUCACCACCGGAACAGACAGAGCGCCGGUCGGAGGGCUCGGGAAAUUAAAAAUGAUCAUCGCCAAGAACGGCUCCGACACAGACAGGCUGCCGACCUCUCACACCUGCUUCAACGCGCUGCUGCUCCCUGAAUACUGCUCCAAGGAGAAGCUGAAGGAAAGACUCCUGAAGGCCAUCACAUACGCCAAAGGGUUUGGGAUGCUGUGAUCCACAAAGAGAGAGAGAGAGAGAGAGAGAGAGAGAGACUACAUUUUAACAAAAACAAAAAGGGAGUAUCACACUCAAGGGGCAAAGAGGGAAAUGACAUGAAACUAAAUGCUGCAAUAACCCCGUGCCUACAAGUCAUCUCCACUGUGGGCCUUUUUCACUCUGAGAGUUAGUUUCAUAUUCAGUAGAAAUGUCCCAAAGAGUUCGACACGGCACUUGAAUAACAACGUUUUAUUUUCUGUUUCUGGGCAAACGUGAACAAUAUAUUUGAUUUUGUGAAACUGUGAAAGUGCACUUAUAACACAAGAUUUUAUUGAAUGCAGUGCACGUGCAGUGUAUUUAUUGAACCACGUUGACUUUUAUUGUGUUGUUCAGAGUUUCAUGCGGUAGCAGUAUUCAGUCCCAACGCUCUGGUGGACUGAGCAUUAUGGUGCUCCUUUGUAACGUUAAUUAGCCAGGUUUCCAUCCAAAUGUAUCGCACAUUUUAUCGAGUAAAUUGAUUAAAGAAGAUAAAGAAUAAAUGCUUGUUUUCAUCGAAUACUGCUAUGCGAUUAUUAGAGGUGUAUUAAUCAAGAUGAGCAUCAGUAGGGAAAGCAUUACACUCGAGACUGGUACGACUACGAGACUACUUUUUCUCAAAGUCAAUGGGUUUUCAUUAAAUGGCUGAAAUAAGAUCUGUGGCAAACACAAGUUUAAAAGAUUGAAGCGUUCUGUUCGACGACAUCAAAUACCUAAAUAAAUUCCACACUCAUGAACUUAAAGCUUUUAUGUAUGCUAACGUUAGCUUAUUUUCCUUUGGCAAUUGCAUUAUAGCUUCAAAGUUAUGUUUGUCUUGUAAAACUUCUGGCAUUUUUCGCAAUUUAUACGCAACUUUCUUUAGUUAGAUGCAUGAAAUAACAUCUGUGUUUAAGACGAGCUGAAGAGAGUGAUGAUGAAAUGUCAAAGAGAAGUGCAGGAAUGAGGCCUAAAAGAAUCAGCAUUUCAACGCUUUCGGUUCCCUCGUCUGGAAGUCAAUGGUUUUAUGAACGUGUUUUUGGUUAGAUGCCUGAAAUAAAGUCUGCGGUUAACUUAAGCCAUAUCCAAUCAAACAUGUCAGUGAAUACCCCACUGGUGAAUUAAUAAAACGGUGUUGCUAACAAGCGUCAUCACGCCCAUCGUUAGCGGUUGUGACGUGAAGUCAUGUGACCUAGCUGUAGUUCCUUUAUAGCCUAUCGAUAGCUUUUUUCAUUGAGCUGACGCUUUUAUCCAGAGAGUCUUACAAUAAGUGCAAUAAACCGAAACUCAGAACAAGAAGGAAAGUGCUGAAAUAUUAGCUUCAAAUAACCCAAACCAUUUACUUCAAUCAUAAUCAUAAAGUGGAUAUGUGGAGAUAAUCCUGCUGAACCAAUGUGUGUGAUCCUAAAUGUGUGUUUGCCACAGAGCUUAUUUUUCUGGAGUAAUCCAUGGAGAAAAAAAACUGGCUUUGAGUUGAGGUAACCAGACCUACAAAGAUAGUUCAUCCCUCUAGGCCUCUAUGGCGUGACACAAUUUGAAUAUAAAAAACGGCCAAUUCUGACAAAAUGUAGAAAACUGAAUAGAAAUAUUACAUUGCUGAUUUCUUUCAGGCAUUAUUAUAUCGAAUCUGUGAAGCACUGACAAAAACAUUUCCGUGUUUUCUGCUAAAUUAGAGUUGAUUUGCUUCAUGUACGUCACUAAAUCUACACUUUGUUGCAUUUUCUUUCAUCCAUACCCGAACUCUCACACCUCAGCUAAGCUUUAAGACGGUUCUGCAACAUCUCAAGAUUAAUUUCGGCAUUUCUGCACCGAGCGCGAAAAUCAAAAAUGUGCAUCAAACAGGUGGAUGGAAACACAUCUUCAGUGGCACAGACUGCCAACACCUCGCUGAGGAGCUUCUAUUUCCUCUCAGAGCAAACGCAGCACUAUCUAAAGCUUAUUAUGUUGCAGUAUUAUUUCUGUGUUGUGCCUCUUGUAUUACAUAUAACAUGAAUUCUGCGUGUUGUGAAGCGUGACCACCAGUGUGUGUUUCAAUAGCUUUCACAUCCUGUUAAAAAAUAUGUUCCUCUUCCCUCGGUUUGUGUGCUAUGAAGUGUUUCUGUUGCACAGUUGUACGUGCAGCUGCCAAAUAUGCAAAGCUUUAUUUGGCCAAAUAUCUCAGGUACAUAGAGAAUGUGCAGAUAAUGUGAAACUCUUAUGUAAAGCAAACUAUUAUGCAAAAUAAAUUUAAAGGUGAAAAAUAUAUAAUCUUUGUAAUUGAAAUAAUUUCCACUAACAAUUAUGAAUUCUCUCUUAAAAGGACAGUAUAGACACAAACAUUUAAAUGUUUAUUUACAUAUAACAUCGCAAUUUACAACUAAUAAUGUAUAUUAUUUAUAAACAGAACUGCAUUUGGGUUUUUAUGUACAUUCACAUUCAGUAUGAAAGGGAUGUGUUGUUGUGUAAAUGACUUGUUUCAUACUUUACAGAUGGAUCAAUGUUUUCUGGGGUAAAAUGUCAAUAUUGAUCAAGAAACAACUCAUUAUUCUAUAAAAAGCCUUUUUCUUUUCAACACGUCCUCAAACCUUAUGAAGCCCAACAGAACUUUAAUAACCGUCCGAUUUAAAGUUGUGAAACAAAACUACUUGGUUGUCAAAGAUCGUAGUUUUGGGAUGGAGUUUACUAUGUGACGUUUGAUCGUGACUUUAAUUGUAAUUUUAUGUCAGAAAAAUGUCCAUCCCAGUAACUAAAAGUCCAAGAUGCUGUUUUCAAAUGUUUGUGUUGUCCGUCCAAACUCGAAGAUAUUCGUUUCAAUAUGAAAUUAAACGAAAUCUCCAUAUUUGAGAGGCUGAAAACAGCAUUCAAUGACAUUUCUGCAUUAAAAAUUAAAUAAAACGUACUCAAAA